AUGAACUACCUCCAUCUGAUCGAGUGGAAGGACCGCGAGGCUCCCUGGAGAGACGAGAUCACGACCGAGGUUCGGAAAUUCCCCCUCUUGGCGACAGAGUUGUCAGAGUGCAAGCAUCACACCUGCUGCAUCGUCAAACCCACCAUCCUCUUUUGCGACGACUACUCCGGUGGCAUAUCUCAACGCGCGGAGGUCGCGACUCCCGCGAGGGGGAUAGACUACAAGGGGUUCGUAGAGCAUGAGUUUCACUACCUGGGCGACCUCGCCACGGUAGGCCGCAGCAAGCAACACCGAAAGGCUGGCCGGCGGUGGUUCGACAUAUACCAGGAGGAGGACCACACUGAAAUCUUCAACUUUGAGGACAGCCCAAUGCUGCCGCUCGAGCCCUUCCCGCUGGAGCUCGUCUACAGGCACGACCUCGAAGGCGUCGACCUGACCGCCUGGGAAGAAGAGCACAACAACACCCUCCCCGAUCUGAAACCGAUAUACAUCGACGUGAACCACCACCCGCUCGCCAGCGAAUGA